AACCCUCUCGCUCCGUUCCUCCUCUGACGCACUUGGGACGAAGCGGAAGAAGAGAAUCCUCUCCGCGCCGCGGUGUUGUGCUUCUGUCCGCCUGUCUUGUCUGCUGCAGAUUCCGGGUGGGGAGCUUUGUUGGCUGUGUUUACAUCCGACCCCUGAGUUCUUAACCACACGGGACGGACUAAAACAUCCGGCGGGAGGUGGAAUGGAGUCUCACGGCAGAGACGACCUCAAGGGACCGGUGCUGCAUAUCGUUGUGGUUGGAUUCCACCACAAAAAGGGCUGUCAGGUUGAGUUCUCGUACCCGCCGUUGAUGCCAGACGAGGGCCAUGACAGUAACCUGCUGCCGGAGGAGUGGAGGUACCUGCCUUUCCUGGCUCUUCCUGACGGAGCGCACAACUACCAGGAAGACACUGUGUAUUUUCACCUGCCGCCCCUAAAUGAAGACAUGAAGUGUGUCUACGGAGUUUCCUGUUAUCGCCAAAUAGAAGCAAAGGCCCUGAAGGUCCGUCUGGCUGACGUCACCAGGGAGACGGUUCAGAAGAGCGUCUGCGUCCUCAGUCGAGUGCCUCUCUACGGUCUGCUCCAAGCUAAACUACAGCUCAUCACACACGCCUACUUCGAGGAGAAAGACUUCUCCCAGAUCUCGAUUUUAAAGGAACUGUAUGAGCACAUGAACGGCUCUCUGAGGGGCUCGGCUCUGGAGGGAUCGCAGGUUUAUCUAGGCUUAUCACCGAGAGAUUUAAUACUGCACUUUCGACACAAGAUUCUCAUCCUCUUCAAGCUCAUUCUGCUGGAGAAGAAGGUCCUGUUCUACGUGUCUCCUGUCAACAGACUAGUAGGAGCUCUGAUGACAGUUUUAUCGCUGUUUCCAGGUAUGAUCGAGCACGGCCUGGUGGACUCGUCCCACUACCGGCCGAAGAGCAGCGUGACGGAGGACCCGAGUCUGGCGGAGAGUGUCUCCGGAGCCGAGGAGUUUGUCUCCGUGUCCGUCAGCGACAACGGCAACACCAAGCUGGGGACGGAGGCGGGGGAGACCGCCCAGCCGGCUGCGGGGUCUCCGUCCUCCGGGAACAGCACCGAGGGGGACAACCACCUCCUCAAACCCCCGUCACGCACCUCUCCAGAGUCCUCGGAGAGCGACUGGGAGACUCUGGACCCCAGCGUGUUGGAAGACAGUCCCAAAGAGGCAGCCGAGGGGAAAGAGACGCAGCUCCUGGACGCCUUCGACUCCAAGCCGGGGACGCCCAUCACCGUGCAGCCACAGUCCGGCAGCGGGCAGGGAGGGGUGGUCCAGGGCCUGGUGUCUGGUCUGGAGGAGGAUCAGUACGGCCUGCCGCUCCCCAUCUUCACUAAGGGUUACCUGUGUCUGCCCUACAUGGCCCUGCAGCAGCAUCACCUCCUGUCAGACGUGACGGUGCGCGGUUUCGUUGCCGGGGCGACCAACAUCCUCUUCCGUCAGCAGAGGCACCUCAGUGAUGCUAUCGUUGAGGUGGAAGAAGCUGGCGUCCACAUCCAGGACCCCGAGCUCCGGAAGAUCCUGAGCCUGACGACGGCGGACCUACGUUUCGCCGACUACCUGGUCAAACAUGUGACCGAUAACCGCGACGACGUUUUCCUGGACGGGACAGGCUGGGAGGGUGGAGACGAGUGGAUCCGAGCCCAGUUCACCCUCUACCUCCACUCCUUACUGUCCUCCGCAUUACAGCAAGAUAACGAGCGGCUGCUGGCGGAUUACGGCGCCCCUUUCGUCGCAGCCUGGAAGAUCACCCACAACUACCGCGUGUGGUACAGCAACAAGCAUCCCGCCAUGGCCGCCAUCACCCCGGGACACCCGUUCCAGGGCCAUUACAGUGUUGCUGAUGUGAAACUACGACUCUCACACUCGGUGCAGAACAGCGAGAGAGGGAAGAAGAUCGGAAACGCCAUGAUGACCACCAGUCGCAGUGUGGUCCAGACGGGGAAGGCAGUGGGUCAGUCCGUGGGCGGAGCGUUGACUAGCGCCAAGUCGGCCAUGUCCUCCUGGUUCUCCACCCUGGCCCAGCCUGCAGCUGUCACCCCCCCGGAGUAUCCGGAGCCCGCCACAGAGGUCCAUCCCUGAAACCAAACCCACCGGUCCUCUGUCUCUGACUCUGUCCUCGUCCUCUGAUCUUCUGGCUACAAAGAAUCCUGAGGGUCAGCGGACCGAGAGAGCUGCUUUUAUGGAGAAAAAUGGUCAUUUCCAGAAACGGGUUUUAAGUCUGAACCAUGAAGCCUGAUGGCAUGUAUGGCGACGCUACUCCGGACAGGAAGGCAAGCGCUGCGGUUAUACUAACUGUACAGUCCAUAUCCACUGUGAGGCAGAGACUGCCAGCGCUUUGAAUCAAAAACCCAGAAAUUUCAGCAGGCUACAUCGUGUCUGGCCCUUUGUUUUUAUUGCUGGAUGCUUUUUCUGUGAGACACUAAAGAUGCUGUCUUAGGGGUUUGCGGUGUUCACUCUUUUGCUGCAUAUUUCUAGAGUUUGUCUAUAUAACUGACUAUUUUGCUGACAGAGAAAUUAUGUUAAAACAUCAGUGUCACAGGAUUUGACAGAACAGCAUGAGCUGUGGCACCUUUAAGAUUUUUAACGGUUUAGAUCUUAAAUUCAUUCUGGCUCAUGUUCAGUGAUGUCUCUGUAAACAUAGUGAGAGGCAAAGUCCCUCCACUUCCAUUGCCCUCAUGGGACCUUAUUUCGGAAGAAAAAUAUAUACGGUAGUCAACGGCGAGAGACAAUUAUUUUUUUGUCCCUUUUGAACUGUACGGAGCCCCUAAAGGGACAGGGUUUCCCGUGCGCACAAGAAACUUUCUCGUGACAACACGAAAGCCCCUUUCUGUCAUUUCCACGCAU